AUUCUUUGGCAGGCUAUAUCCUCCUCCUGUCAGUCGCAUGGGGGUGGGCGCGACGAUAGUGCGGCAGGAGCGGGUGGUGGGCAUGGCGAGUGGCGUGGGUGCGGCGGUGGCGGCGUAUUGGGGCUGCAAGCUUGCCGUGUGGCGAAGCACCGCUGCCACGGGAAGAACCAUAGCCAACCAGACCGCCCCACCUGCACUUCCUCCGCUUGAGACAUCAGUGCAGCUGUUUGGACCGUCCUUCAGGCACAGUAACCCCUGGCCGCCUCCGCAAGGGCCCAUGGCACCUGCUCCGCCGACCAACGCGCAGCCGUAUCCGAACCAGCUUCCGAACCAGAUGUACGCGGGCCCGUACCAGGCCGCAAACGGAGGUUCGGCAGCAGGAUUCACAGGGCCGGGCGGGAUCAGCGCGCAGUACCCGGCAGGUCAACCUCCCGGUAUGGGCGCGCAGUGGAAUAGCGCGGGCGGGGCCGGCGGUGCGGGCGCGUAUGGAUCGCCUGCUGGUGCCGCGACGACGGCAGGAUGGUCGUCCGCACCGCCUCCCAUGGCUCCGCCCAUGGGGGGAGCGCCUGGCUCCGCGCCUGGUGCGCCGUUUCGCCCCCCUUAUCCGUCCGUGGGAGUCCCCUUCCCAUCGGCUCAAGCCCCCACUCCCCCUUUUCAACGCCCCUCUGCUCCCUACCUCGAAAACCCCUCCUUCCCUCAAAACCCCCCUUAUCCCCCGAACCCUGCGUUAGCCCCUCCGCCCAUGGCGCCCCCUCCUUCCCCGGUCGCCGGAGGUCCCCCUCAUUCUUCCGCCCCCCCUCCCUCGCCAGGCGCCCCUGCCUGUGACUCGCCAGGCUGCUCCUUCUCUGCCUGCGGGCGAGCGCUCAAGGACCACAAGUCAUCAGUGCACGAUGCCCCUUCCUCUGCUCGCCUGAAACGAGCAUUGGAGUACCGCAAGAAGGAGAGCCCCGAGCAGCUCGCCAAGUGGGUGGAGGAGCGGCGCCGCAACUUCCCCACCGCCGCCAACCUGCAGCGCAAGGAGGAGGAGGCAAGGAAGCGCAAGGAGAGGGGCGAGCUGGUGGAUGAGGACCGCAAGUUGAGGCAACAGGUACAGCCUUUCCAGCCCCUUCCAUUCCUCUCCCUCCCGCUCACUCUCUCUCCCUCGCUUUCCCUCCCUCUCCCUCCCUCCCCCUUCCGCUCCCUCCCUCUCCCGCCCUCUUCCUCCCUCCCCCUCCUUCCCCCUCCCUCUCCCGCCCUCUCCCUCCCUCUCCCUCCCUCCCCCUCCCUCUCCCCCCCUCUCCCUCCCUCUCCCUCCCUCUCUCUCCCUCUCACUCCCUCUCCCACCCUCGCUCCCUCUCUUACCCUCUCCCGCCCCACCCUCUCCCGCCCUCUCCCUCCCUCUCUCUCCCUCUCCCUCCCUCCCUCCAUCUCCCUCCCUCUCCCGCCCUCCCUCUCCCGCUCUCUCCCGCCCACUCCCUCCCUCUCCCUUCCUCUCCCUCUCCCUCCCUCCACCCCCUUUCCGCUCCUGCCCCUCCCCUCCUCUCCUCCUCUCCCUUCCUCUGUCCUCCUUACCCCUCCUCCCCCCUCCUCUUCCCUCACUCUCCCCGCCUCUAUCCUCCUCUCCGCUGCUCUUUAUUCAUCCGCCUUCCCUUCUUUCCCAUUGCUUUCUUCCCCCUCCGCAUUGCCACUCGGUCUUUCCCAACCAUUCCCUUCCUCUCCCCUUCUUGCUCUGUUUCUUUUCAGCCUGCCCCUUCCCCUCCCGCACCCGCGCUGCUCUCAAAAUCCCUGCAUCUCACUUUCCCCCAUGCGCGUUUUUGUUCUGUCCGACCGUAUUUUCCAGCGGCUAAGGGAGGUACUGGCCCUCCAGGCCAAUCUGGGACUUCCCAUCUGUGAAGUGCCCACGCACCUCCUGCGUGACAACUCGGAGAGGGGAGGCAGGGGGAGGGGAGGCGGGAGAGAGGGUUGGGAGGAGAGAGGGGGGCGAGGGGGGCGUGGGUGGCGGGAGGAGUGGAGGAGGAGGGGGAGUGGAGGGAUGGGUAUGCAAGGCCGGGGGCACUGUGUGUGGGAGUGGGUGAGGAUAAGUAAUGAGGACGAGGAAGGAGGGAGGUGUGAUAUGAAGGAGAUAAGCACGGUUAGAAAUGGGAGUGGGCAGGAGGAGGGUGGGGCUAAUAUGGAGGAGAAAGAGGGAACUGAACGACUGGGGAAUGGGGAGGAAGAGGAAGGUAUUCUGGGGGAAGUCGAGGGAGGAGAGGUUGGGUUGGAUGGGGAGGGAGAAGGGGGGUUGGGUGAGGGAGAAAGGGCAACAAAGGUUUUGCGAGUGAAUGGUGCUGUGGAUGUCAGCAGUGCUGCUGCAGCUGCUGGCGAUGCUGCUGCUGGUGCUGCUGAUGAGCUGGGCAACGGAAACAAGAAGAAAGGGGAUUUGCUAGGGGGGUCGGAUGACGAGAGUUUUGGGACUGCCGAGGGGAGUGGUGAUAUAGCAGAGCCGCAUGAUGGAGUGGGUGAUGGAGUGGGUGAUGGAGUGGGUGAUGGAGUGGGUGAUGGUGAAGCAUUCGCAGUGCAAGAGGCAGUAGGAGUGGAGGACGAGGUUGACAUGGGCGCAGAGGAAGAGGAAGAGGAGGAGGAGAAGGAGGAGGAGAAGGAGGAGGAAGCGGGAGUGGGGAAAGGAGAAGAAGGUGUAGGUGGAAGAGGAGUGGUGGUUGCAGGUGGCGGUGUGAGGAAGGAUGGUUGCAUUGGACUGGUGUCAGCGGCAGCAGCCACAUCAAGGGCAGCAGGAGCAGCAGGGGCAGCAGGGGCAGCAGGGAUAAUGGAAGCAAGUGGGACAGGCAAGGUGGCAGAGGUGGGGCAGCCAGUGAAGGAGGAGAUGGUGGAGGAGGCAACAGCACCACCUGGUGAUGGUGACGGUGCUGCUCCAACACCCACUGCUGCACCUACAGCUGCUGCUGGGCUUGCUGCUGCAGGCAAGGCAGCUCCUGCCUUGACAGCUGAGCCGACGGGGGUCCACACUGACAGCCGCUUUUCCACGCAGCAGGCUGCGCGGUCUUCCACAAAGCGCGUGUGCGCUUUCUUCCUGCGCGGGCACUGCAAGAAGGGCGCUCGCUGCACCUUUGCCCAUGUCGCUGACCAGGACUGGCAGCAGCACACACAGUGGGACGAGCAGGGGCAGGGGCAGCAGGGCGGGUGGGCAAACCAAGGGCAGGAGAGGAGCCAGAUGAGCCAUGGCAAUCACGGUAACCGGGACACCCAGGGGGAUUUUCGGUCGCCGAGCCUGCUGGCGAGGCUGCUGGAGAAGGAGGUUCGGCGGGAGCGGAGCCAUGUGCUGCAGGUGGUGCGGCUGGUGGUGAAUAAUGACUUUUUGCUCGCCCACCCCUACAAGCCCCUGCAGCUCUUCCCCUGGGCGCGUGAUGAGGGCCCGCAGGGGCAGGGGGAGACGGAGGGCGAGGGGAAGGAAGAGGGGCAGGAUCAGGUGUAA